GCCUGCUCGGCCUUGUUGAUACUGUGCGGAGCGGCUGGCAGCAGGCACGCAGGCCCGGUCCUGUGCCUCGGCUCCGGAGAGUGUCCCGUGCGGAUCGGCCCUUCAGCUCACCAAAGAAUAUGACCCAGAUGCAACAAUGACGUCCAGAUUUGGUAAAACCUACAGCCGCAAGGGAGGAGAGGGCACGUCCAAGUUCGAUGAGGUUCUGUCCACCAAGAGAGGCACCCUCAGCACCAAAUGGGGGGACACCACCUACAAGGCCAAAGUGGGCUCCAAGCGCGCCGGUUCCACCAAGAACGACUCGGUUCUGGAGGUGUACAAGAGGCCUCGUCCGAGCGGAGACGGCUUUGAAGACCCGUUCGGGUUCGACAGCGACGAUGAGUCCAAGCCGGUGUCGUCUCGGAGCGGCAGCAAGGCCUCACCCGCCAAGCCGGCCUCGGCAGAGCCGCCCCAGGCCGAGAGGCCGGGCCUCUCCCUGGACCCGGGGAGCAGGUCCAGUCUGCACGGAGCCUCCCACACGGGGGCCUCUGCUCGGGGGGCCUUGUGGAUGUCCGGGGACAGGAACCAGCCCCGGGUGGUGGAGGACACGGCUCGCUUCUUCAACAGCAGCAGCUCCAUCAUAGGAAAGUCCCAGCAGAGUUCCUUAUCAUCACUGGAGAACCAGAACAGCUACUCGUGGUACCAAAAUGCUUCUGAGAGUGACAAGAAGCCGCUGGCACAGACCACCACCCUGAAGACGGGCUCCAAGGCAGAGUCCUCCUACAGCUCCUGGGAUGCCAUCAUGGGUCUGCGUCCACCCUCACCGUGCCAGGAACCUCGUAACCCCGCCCCCACGCUCUCCUGGGUGUCAGCAGGGGUCACCAUGGGCAGCUGUGACCUGGGCCCGACCCGACCCGAGAAGCCACCGUCUCCACCACGUCUUCAGAGUUCCAUUGAGAGCGAGGACCUCGGGGGGGACUCUGACUUCCUCAUGGAGACGUCGGACUACUCCCAGACAUCCUCCUCCUCGUCAGUUGUAAGAAACUCUAACUGUCGGACUUACCGGAGGCCGAACAAACAGGGCAAAGGUCAGGACUCCAGCGCCUUAGCUAGCACUGUUUUUGGUGCAGAUGGUUCCAAGCCCUCCUCUGACAGCAGUAAUAAGACAGCAGGUAGUGGGAGAGGACGGGGCAGGUCAAGGGACUUCACAGUGCUGCACCCCUCCUCCAUAUCAAUGUGUAACGUCACCAUCCAGGACCGAGUGGUGGUGGAGGAGUUUAGCAGCGAUGCAGCGCCCUCUAGUGGCAGCAGCAGUGCCGGCUCCGGCAGCACGACGGAGCUGGGUGAAGCGGGAUGGCAGCGGAAGAAGAUGGAAGAACAAAACUCGAGGAUCAGGCCGACCCAGACCAAGACAAAGAAGGACAGUAAGCUGGAGCUGUUUGGUUUUGAAGACGCAGACGCACUUCAGGAGAGCAGCUCCGACAACACAGAAGGCUGCUCCAACUACAAAAUCAAAUACUUUGGCUUUGACGACAUGAGCAACAGCGACGGCUCCGACGAAGACGACGUUGCUUUCAAAGCAAUGAGGAGGGCCAAGAGGGCUGCAAUGGCAACCGCUGUGGAUACCGCUCUGGAGACCGCUCUGGAUACUGCUCUGGAUACAGCUGAAGAAACACCGACGGAGGAGCCGCCUGAUCCCUUCGAGAUGCUGGAGAGUUAUGAAAGACCGGCAGCCAAGGAGUACAAGAAGCACUCAGAGAGGCAGGAAAGCCGGAUACGAGCAGAUAUCUUGGACUUCUCGGAGGAGGGCCUCAGGGUGGUGGCGGGCCCUCCCCGGAGGCUGCCCCGAGGAAAACCAGCUGAGAAGAACCCCGACAGCUUACGGAGGAUCUUCAGCGCUCACAAGAAGUCUCCCACCAAAGCUGUGUACAACGCCAGACACUGGGCGGUGGAGAGUGAAGAGGAGCCCCCCCAAUCUUUUGUCGCAAAGGCACAGACAUCUCCUACCACAGUCUCAGCUGGAGGAACUGGGAAGGGCCCGUCUGACGCUCAGAAGGAUGAUGGUGUUUUCAAGACUCCUCCCCCUCCUCCCAAGGUCACGAAGUUUGUGACCCUCCCCACGAAUCUCUACCAGGACACCAUCACCACACUCAAAUGCCGCAAAGAGCACAAGGAGUUGUACACAGUGGUCCAGCAUGUGAAGCACUUCAAUGACGUGGUGGAGUUUGGAGAGAACCAGGAGUUUACUGACGACUUUGAGUAUCUGGCUACUGGUCUGAAGAGCGGGCAGCCUCUCAACACACGAUGCCUCAGUGUGAUCAGCCUGGCCACACGCUGCGCCAUGCCCAGCUUCAGGAUGCACCUUCGGGCCAGAGGGAAGGUGGCCCAGGUCUUCAAAACCCUGAACGACGCCCCACAGCACCCGAAUCUUGCUCUGUGCACGGCGUCUCUCAUGUACAUCCUGAGUCGAGACCGGCUGAACAUGGAUCUGGACCGGUCCUGUCUGGACCUGAUGAUUCGGCUGCUGGAGCAGGACCUGGACCAGUCGGGGGGGGCAGUGGCAGACCCCAGCGCUCAGUUCAGCGCCAGGGAAAUCGCCAAGAUGAAGGAGAAGAUCAGGAAGCUCUGUGACACGGUGCACAACAAGCACCUGGACCUGCAGAACAUCACGACGGGUCAUUUAGCCACGGAGACGUUACUGUCCCUGACGUCCAAGCGAGCAGGAGACUGGUUCAAAGAGGAACUCCGGUUACUGGGAGGACUGGACCACAUCGUAGAUAAAGUGAAGGAGUGUGUUAAUAACCUGAACCAGGCGGAGGAGGAGAAGCUGGUGUCGUCUCUGUGGGGAGCCGAGAGGUGUUUACGGGUCCUGGAGAGUGUCACGGUUCACAACCCGGAGAACCAGAGCUACCUGAUUGCCUAUAAAGACUCCUCGCUCAUCGCCUCCUCUGCUAAGGGUUUGGGCCGGUGUGAGGCGAUGAUCCAGCGUUACAGCCGGGUGGUGAACUCAGAUGGAGCCGUGGUGGGGAAAGCAGUGGAGAACUGUAUGAGGGCCAUCAUAGGAGUCCUGCUCAACCUGACUCACGACAACGAGUGGGGCAGUACAAAGACCGGAGAGCAGGAGGAUCUAAUCACCACAGCUCUGAACUGCGUCCUCAGAGCUCCUCAGUAUAUUCCACAAGAGCAGAGGUUCGACAUCCGAGUUCUGGGUCUGGGCUUGUUGAUCAACCUGGUGGAGUACAGUGCCAGGAACAGGUACUGUCUGAUGGAGACGGAGAUGGAGGGAGGUCAGGGUCCCUGUGACUCCACCGUCCUGCUCAACCCUCAGCACCAGGACCUCACCAGCAGCGGGCCGCUCAGCGCCAUCGCUGCCCUGGUUCAGCUGUUCCUCCAGCGGGAGCAGGCCGCCAUCCUGGCCGAGGCGCAGACUGAUGACCUCAUCAAGGAGGCGCCGAAGCCUGCGCUGGACAAGAGUGGAGAGUGGCAGGAGACGGGCGGGGAGAUCCAGUGGGUGGCUAAUGAGAACCAGCCCGACAAACCAGAAGAGACCAAGGACAAGAAGAAUGAAGAGGAGCACGAAGAGCUGGACCUCAACAAAGCUCUGCAGCACGCAGGGAAGCACAUGGAGGACAGCAUCGUGGCCUCGUACACAGCUCUGCUGCUGGGCUGUCUGUGCCAGGGGAGCCCGUUGAAUGUUACUACUGUGAGAGAGAACCUGCCCAAAGGAGAUUUCUCCAUCAUGACAGAAAUGCUGAAAAAGUUCCUCAACUUCAUGAACCUCACGUGUGACGUCGGCUCCACAGGACAGAAGUCCAUCAACCGGGUCAUUGACUAUCUGGAGAACUGCUAGAGAGAAGCCUGUCUCACACACACACACACACACACACACACUGACACACACUGACACACACACAAUGACCAUCAUCUUCCUCUGUUGUUUUCUUAUUUCUUUCGACACACGGUCAUCGUCUCUCAGUUGUCACCAGACGUUCUCAUCGUCCUCCAGUCAAAUAACGUUUUACUGUUUUAGUUCCUGACUUAACUUCACCUGAUCAUUGGUUACGACUUCAUGAGGAGCAAUGACCCCCCCCCCCCCCAUCACUAUCAUCCUUUGUUUUACACACUUCAUUUGCUUCUCACCCGUUUUCUAUUUGUUAAAGUUGCUCAGAAGGUUGUGUUUUCUUUCCUCCAUGUUUUUGCUCUUGAUGAAUUUCCUCAGCUCCUCCCUAUCUCUUUCUCUCUCUCUCUCUCUGUCUCUCGCCCUCUCUCCCUCCUCAUUCAUAUGGACAGAUGACAGAUCGGAGACAAUAAAUGUUUGCAUGAGCUUCGUUUAUAAAAGCUGAAAUGUUCCUUCUCUGGAAGUGAGAGCUUUCCUUCAGUCUUCAGUCAACAGACUAGAAUUAAAGUGGUUGUUCACCUUCUCCCAUCACGCUGAGCACCCUCCAGUCAGUCGGCACCAAACAACACACCUGAGACUAAAACUGAACGAUCCUCCAAGUUGUUAAAACUCUCUGGAAACUGAAUGACCCCCCCCCCCCCUUCACCAAGAGCACAAACUUUCUCCUCUCUAAGAAUCAAUCCCCCUCCUGCUCACCGUCUAAUCUCGGUGUAUCUGCGGGACCGGAGCCCUCCAGACCAGAACCUGUCCUCCUUCAGCUCCUUUCAAUUACCGCCCAUGUGUGUGCACGUCGCUCGGAGAAGAGCCUUCAAUUACAGCACAAAGGAGAGGAGACCCCCCCCCCCCCCCCCCCGGUCCGAGAGGUGAAGCCGAGCUGCUUCUCUCUGGUUUGGAGCCGAGCCGCCAGCCGAGAGGCUUUCAAAGACCCGUCGAUCGGUUUCUUUCUCCUGCUCCGUGGUUUGUAGACGUGAGGACUCGAGCUGUAAAAUCCCAGAGUUCAGUUUGUAGUUAACUUUAUGGAGAAGUCCUCCUCUGGUUUGACUCUGUGCACAGAGGAGCUACUGUGGAGGGCUGUGGAAUCAUUCAGCCCAAAACGGCCACUAGAGAAAUACUCAAUUCCCGUCCUUCAAUGUUUUACAUGUUUGAAACAUUUUUAGAUUAAUCUCAAAAUGAAAAGACGCCUGUUAAACAAAAACAAGUAAAUCAUCCACCGCACUUCGGUCUGAGGGAGUUUUCAUUUUUUUUAAAAAGACGUGAGACAACUUCUCACGUUCUGAGGAAAACAUCAAACGAGUAAACUGAACGUCGUGUGUGAAACUGGUGUCGUGGCUUUUAACUCAUUUAUAAAACAUUAGUAAACAACUAUCUAAUUAUCAAAAGGGAAAUAUUCACUUUAUUAACUUAUAAAUAGUACUUAUUAAAAAGUCCUAUUUUAACGUGAAACCCGCCAUUCAAAUAUGUUAAAUCCUACUUGAAACUAUAACUUCAGAAAGUUCACUGAGGAUGAAGAAGACGAUUCGAGUGGAGAACAAACGUCACGUUGAAAAUGAAAAGACUUGAUUUCCUUUUCUGAAAGUGCUCAUGGAACAGAAAACACAAACCUCUGAGCAAAACACAAUGUGAAAGCUUCAGUUCACUUUUUCAUUUGUUUUGUUUCCCUUGUGUUUUUCAAUCAGAGCAGAAAAACACACGUUUGAGUUCCUGUUGCCCGAGAAGAGCUUCUGUUGUUUUGUGUUUUCUUAUUUUGUGGAGUGGAAGAGGCUCCCGCUGAAUCAAUCUGUCGGAUUUGAUGUUUCCAUUUAGGAAAAUUAACUUUCAACUGUUUUGUGUUCUCAUUUGAAUACAGACAAGUUCUCUAGAAUCUCAUCUGCUGUUAAAGUUCAGAACAGAAGUCAUCGAGCAUGUUCAUAACCCUGAUUUUGUAUUUGUCUGUUCAUCUGCGAUCAUUUACACACACACACACACACACAGUUUAACCCUCACACUCCCUAAAGUUUACAAGAGCUUUAUUCACAGACGUCUGGAAGAAUGAAUUGAAGAGUUUUUGUAAAUAGUUCCUGUACAAAGAUUUGUUUCCUCGUGUAGGAGGAGAGACUGAUGGGUAAAUGGGGUGGGGGGGGGGGGGAUGUUGGGGUGGGGUGAGGGGAUUCAAUUAAAACAUUUAGACCGGUAGACUCUACUUUUCUGAAUCUGACUCUAUUUUUCCUUUUCUAAAGCCUUGCUCUCCACGUCGUGUUGUUGUUUUUGAGACAGAGCUUCACAAGCCACUGCAGGAAAACCUCUUUGUACCCGAUGUCUUCGUUACCAUGUACAUAAUUUUAAAAUAAUAAAAAUUGCUACUUUCAGUA